AUGCGGGACAACACCGGAAAAAUACAUGAAUGCAGAGCACUAGUGGAUUUCGGAGCACAACCGAACUUCAUAACGCGGGAAUUAGGCGAGCGUCUAAAACAACCUCUAUACAAUGCGGACACUAAAAUCACUGGAAUCACUAUGAACUCAUCCAUAGUAGGACAACAAAUCGACGCCACCAUCUAUUCAAGAUUCAACAAGUUUGAAACGAGGCUGUCAUUCCUAGUAGUCGACAACAUCACCGACAAAAUACCGGCAACGAGCAUCGGUGUAGAUUUCUUGCAAAUACCCAAGAAUAUCAAACUCGCAGAUCCCCGAUUUCACAUACCUGGCAAGGUGGACUUGCUCCUAGGUUCCGAAAUCUUUUGGAAAUUAUUAUGUGUCGGGCAGAUACAAUUAAGCAGGUCUCAGCCUGUCUUCCAAAAAACCAAAUUAGGUUGGGUAAUAGCCGGGAGAGUCGCGAACCCCCAACAAGCCAUAAACGCGGCACAAUGCCACAUCGCCCAACAGUCUACAUUACAAGGUCAACUUGAAAAAUUCUGGAAAAUUGAAGAACUCGAUUCCAGAACUCAUUUAACUGAACAAGAACAAGCUUGUGAAGAGCACUUCUACCAGACGCAUACGCGCGACCGUCAAGGAAGAUUUAUCGUAAGGAUGCCUCUCAAGGACAACUACGUACAAUUAGGCGACUCUUACGACACUGCCAAAAGGAGAUUAUUAACAUUGGAAAGGAAAUUAGCAAAACAAUUACCACUGAAACAGCAAUACGACGCCUUCAUGCAUGAAUAUCUUAAGCUGGAACACAUGAAGAUCCUAUCAAGGACGGACAGCGAGCUACAGCGACCAAGGUCACACGAAAUCACUUACUAUCUACCACACCAUGCUGUAAUGAAAGAAGGGAGUGAAACCACAAGGUUGCGAGUUGUUUUUGAUGCAUCAGCCAAAACAAGUACAAGACUUUCGCUCAAUGAUGUGCAACUAGUAGGGCCUACUAUCCAGCAAGAUUUAUUCAGCAUCAUGAUGCGUUUCCGUCAACAUACCUACGCAAUUUCCGCCGACAUCUCAAAGAUGUAUAGGCAGAUACGAAUGCAUCAAGAUCAAUGUAAACUACAGCGCAUUUUAUGGCGAUUUAGUACAGAACAGGAGAUUGAUACGUAUGAACUACAAACCGUUACGUAUGGAGAAGCUUGCUCGGCAUUCUUAGCAACUCGUGCACUACAUCAAGCAGCACUAGAUUUACAACAACGAUAUCCCGAAGCCGCUGAAAUCAUUAUUCGCGACUUCUAUGUGGAUGAUCUUCUGACGGGCGAUAACGACAUCGAGCGUCUAAGUAGGAUAAAGGAGGAGAUAGUUACCAUCCUCGAAUCGGCCAAAUUUGAGCUUCACAAAUGGAAGGCAAACCACCCUGCAUUGCUGAGUGCGCACGAAAUCCACGACAAGCCCACUAUAUCUUUGGGAGAUGGAACCAAGAUUCUCGGGCACCUAUGGGACACUCAACAUGAUGCAUUUUGUUACACCGUAGGACCAUUGGAACGUCAUUGUAAACCCACCAAGAGACAAGUAUUGUCAUCUAUUGCUCAGAUAUUCGACCCAUUAGGUUUAAUAGGACCCGUUAUUGUCCGGGCUAAAAUAUUUAUGCAGCAACUAUGGCAACUUCAAUUAAGCUGGGAUGAGUCGCUACCAUCUCAACUCCAUACUCAAUGGGUACAAUGGUACCACAAGAUCCCUCAUUUAAAUCAACUGGAAAUACCUCGUCAUAUUAUGUGCGAUAACCCACAAGGCCUGGAACUCCACG